AUGGCAAGCCUAAACCCUCCCAAGAGGCGCUUUGCCCCCGUUCCGAUAGAGACGACUUUUCAAUCGAACCGGAAAGGCACCUUGCCAGGCGCUCGCGCAGGCGGUCCAAACCCAGAGCUGACGCCUGAGCCAUCUCCUCGAUCUGCUUCUCCCCCAAUUCCACAACCAAGGCAGAGACGUCGUUUCAAGCCUCAGUUGAUUGAGACGUCGAGAAGAACCAGGAGGGUGGGGGACCCGGGCCCGGCUACGAGGCCGACCGACAAGACUGACAUUACCCCGUACACAAACCACAUCUACGCGGCAAAGCCCAAGCCCAGGAGGAAGAAUGGAGAGGGGCUAGAUGACGAAUCAAUUCCGUAUGUACCGUCGACCAGGCGGGAAUCCGAGGAUGAAGGUGUCAAGGAGUAUUUGUUGGAGAUUGCAGCCAAGGAGGCGGCAAGGCAGAUGGAAGAAGCUGCUCUUGCUGCGUUCCCAAACAGCAGAGCUCGUGAGGGUGGCGUCGCACAUUUCUACUUUCGAGAGAGCUCGGACAGCGAUAACUCUGCAGAAAACACCCCGCAAAACCACGAAAAUGGUGCCCAACCUAGGGCUAGGAGAAAAUCUUCAAACUUGGGGCUGAAUUGGUGGCAUAAGCACAUGCAAAACCAUGCUGAACAGUUAGCAUAUGAGCGGGGGGAUGAUGAAAUGGCGCUGGAUAUGGAUGAUGGGGAUACCAUGAUGCGGACAGAUUCGGAUCUGGACAAGAUGGAUCUGCCUGUACCUCCCGAUCCAUUGUGGACUACGACCAAUAGGAUCGCGCCCGAUGACAGAAGAGAUUCCAUGGCUGAACUACAAGACCUACGGGAUGCCCUGACACCUUUUGCACGAUCAGAUGCUGGUUUUACGACCGGCAACAGAUUUUAUCACGGAGAUGCUGCCUAUGGCCAGCCCUACCCGGAUCAGAGAGACGUCGGAUUCAGCCCGCUUCCUCGCCCGGGGGAUCGCGGUCCCGAUAUUGGAUUCGGCCGGCCAUUUGGGGCAUUUGGCUUAAAACCAGAGGACCCCAAGCUGCAUCUUUUGCGGCAAGCCGCGUCGCCUCCGAUGCUCGGCAAGGACCUACAGUUUCGGCGAUGUCCGUCUCCGAAACAGACCAAGUUGGAGACGGACCAUCCGUUUGCAAACCACGACCUUUACAAAGAACAAAACCGAGAUGUGACGGGCCAAGGUGGUCUCUGGAGAGGGUAUUGCUGCAGGUCAGAAUCCAACAAUGACUAUGUCGUCCCGGCAGACUUGCACGGGGCAAACAUGCUCGUCACGCCCUAUCCGCCGGCCAGUCCCCGGGACCUCGGUGGAUACGACUCCCGAUCAAUGAGCGAAGAGCCAGAGUCGAUGUUUUCAUCCUCCAACUCGUCUGAGAGCUUGAACAACUGCACCUCAGCCCGGGUAGAUCAACGUCCCCGAAGCGGUCAAUCCAAGGGCUUGCACAUGUUGCACGGUCUUGACGAUCGACUUCGCCGUGAGAAGGCGCAAGUCGAACGCGACGAGAAGAUUGCUUCAGAGUUUGACGACGAAUUUGUCACACAAGUAUACAAUUACUUGUCGCUUGGCUAUCCGGCCAUGGCGCGCUCCUUUGACGAAGAAUUGUCAAAGAUCAGCAGAGUUACCGUAGAGGAGCUCAGCGGGGGGGACGAGAAGCAAAUGGCCAAGGGUCACAUGCUCGAGAUGAACCUACAAGAAACAUCCGAGGAUGACCGAUGCCCGAGAUGGAAAGCCCUUAGGACGUAUAUUACAGAAUGGGCCCGACAACAUCCCGACCUCGACAAUCUCGAUCCUUUAGCGUGGGGUGUGCGAGAACGCCGCGGCAGCUGGGCUAUCUAA